AUGACGGCUGACAUUACCAUUGCAGCUCUCACUAUACAUCAGACUUUGACCGCUGAUGUUCCACCCACUGUGGUCACCCCUGAAACCAGCUCUCCUCCAGCUUCUCCUGCAACCCCGGGACCCCCUGAGCGAGGCAGUUACAAUGUCACCAAUGCUACUGAUGCUGUCUGUCUCUUGGCACGGAUGGGACUGCAGCUCAAAAUUAGCUUUAUUUCGAGCUCUAGUGGCAAGACUGUCCAGGAGGUCUUGAACCUGCAUCCAAACCUGGUUAAAUUCUCUGGAUCCUGCGAUCCAGACAGUGCAACUCUCAUACUCACUGAGGACAACAUUACUCUGACUUUCAGCUUCUCUUUGAAUUCCACUUCAAACAAGUAUCAUCUUAGUGGGUUGGAGUUGUCAGCUGCAUUGCCUGAUAUGACUAAGCACAUUGUUUUCAGGAACACCAGUCUGAACUACAUGGUGGGAACCCUGGGCCACUCUUAUAUGUGUCAGAAGGAGAAGACCUUGAGCAUUACACCGAAUUUCUCUCUCAACACCUUCCAGCUUCAAGUGCAGCCUUUCGGUGUCAAUGGAGAUUUUGGAGCAGCUGAGGAGUGUGAGCUAGAUGAGGACGACAUGUUGAUUCCCAUUAUUGUGGGUGCUGCCUUGGCUGUUCUUGUGCUUAUAGUGAUCCUGGCCUACCUUAUUGGCAGGAACAGAAGUCAUGCGGGCUACCAGACCAUCUAACCUCAUGUAAUCUUUAAGCCAGGAUGUGUAGGCACCACCGAUUUCUGCUCUCAUCUGGACUCGGCAACACUACUACAACUGCAGCUGCCUAGUUUUUAACCUGCUGUGCCCUCUCCUGGUGUCUCACCCUGCUCAGGUGGACCUGCGCUUCCUGGACUUUCUAUUGUAUUAUGUUAAACAUUGUAUAAUUUUUGCAUACUUAAGGGUGCAGGGAAAAAUAUGCUAAGGUAUUGUUUCCAGGAACCAGAUUAUGCUUAUCUAGAGGAAUGCCUGGAGUUUGUUGUCAUUAAGGCUUAAUCUGGGUUUGAAAGCAUACGAUCUGUUUGAUACCUCAUAUUCUUAAAAUUAACCUCAUGCGUUUAUUUAUAUAAAUACAAGGAUUUAGGGAAAGCUGAUGAUGUUGUUACUGUUACAUGCUCUGUCUAAAAGGGACUAGAUAUUUAACACUACUUCCUGAUCCUGAUCUCAAACUACUGUCUGUGAUUUGUGAAGUUCUCACUUGGGGUUGAACACUAUACAAGACUCAACUUUUGAGAUUCACCAAAUUGGAGAAAUAUAAUUAAUUUAAUAUUGCUAACAAAGCCUUGCAUAACAGUGUUCAGUCAGAUGUCAAUCUGGUACUAAGUUUUAAUGAAGAGAAAUUCCACGUCUAGCAUGGAUCUCUCCAGAUCUGCUGAGACGGGGUACAGAAGAGAAUCUGUUAACUGUUACAAAUGGAAUAUCCACUUUCUAGAGUAGAAUACCCUUCAGUGUCACUAUAUAGCUCUGUUUCCCUCUCGUACUACAUAUCAAAACUAUCUAGCCUGCUUGCUUCCAUUUAGGAUUGUAUUUGCACUCAUUC